UCCUCCUACUCUCUUUCUCUUGAGCCUAUGAACAAGAUUACGCAGAGCUAAAAGUACAUUCCGCUCUAAUAAUGGAGCAAGCUGUGUUCUUGUUUCUCGCCUGAGGGAUGAGGACGCACAAAGGAAAAGUGCUCAGAGCUUCUCUUGCAUUUCCAUCCCCGAGAAAAAGCUGCUCAGCUUCAUUGACGGAGCGCAGACUCGCGUCUUCAUUGCGCCGAUGAUGAAACACUCUGGAGAAGGUUUUACGCGUCAAGUCAUGAUCAGAUUUUGCACCUCGGUCAACCACCAGACCAAAACGCUUCAGCUGUAAUCUGGAUUCACACUCUCUCCUGGUGUUCUGGGCAGUCAGAGACUGGAUGCAUUCACCUGCGCUUCAUGAAGUCGAUGGCUGCUGGUGCGUAAAAUUUUGGAGCCGCCAAAAGAGACGCCUAUCCUUGCAUUUGCACUUGUGUGUCAGCGGACAGUAGUGAGCUUGUUUUUUUUUUCCUGCUUACCUCCAAAGCACUUGGAUUAAAUUCUGACUUUUAGUUGUCUUAUAAGACAGUGAUUCCAGCAUGCUGAAGGCGCUGUGUGUGCAAGUUUUGCUUUGGAGUUUGGCCAAGGCGCAGCUGGUGGAUCCCGAGGUGGGACUCACUGCGCAAGAACAGGUUCUCCUGCUGUAUGAUAUCAAAGUGCAGUGUCUCCAGAACAUUUCUGAGCAUGAUCCUGAAGAUGACGUGUGCGCCCCUGGAUGGGACGGGCUCAUUUGCUGGCCUCAGGGUUCUUUAGGGACCCUCACCAAAGUGCCGUGCCCCAGAUACAUUUACGAUUUCAAUCACAACGGCUAUGCCUACCGUAAGUGUGACGUGAAUGGAACCUGGUUCUCGCUGGAGAACAGAACCUGGGUAAACUACUCUGAAUGUCUGUGGUUCCUGACGCCAGGCAAGGAAAGAGGCAAGAGGGACUUUUUUGAGAGACUGCACAUCAUGUACACUGUUGGCUACGCUGUAUCCUUCAGCUCCUUGCUAGUAGCCAUUUUUAUCAUCGGCUACUUCAGGCGUCUUCACUGCACCAGAAACUAUAUUCAUAUGCACCUGUUUGUGUCCUUCAUGCUGCGUGCCGUCAGCAUUUUUGUGAAGGACCUGGUAGUGGAUGCCAACGGCGGCAUGCAGCAGUACGAUGCGGUGCUCAUGGACGACAUCAAUGUGGUUUCCAUCAGCCCUCUGGACAAGACUCAGUAUGUCGGCUGUAAGAUCACCGUGUUGCUGUUUAUCUACUUCCUGGCCACAAACUACUACUGGAUCCUGGUGGAGGGACUUUACUUACACAGCCUCAUAUUCAUGGCUUUCUUCUCUGACUCCAAGUACCUCUGGGGCUUCACACUUAUAGGAUGGGGUGUUCCCGCUCUCUUUGUGUCAGCUUGGGCCGUCGUCAGGGCUAUUCUGGCAGAUGCACGGUGCUGGGAACUGAGCGCAGGCAAUAUUAAGUGGAUUUACCAGGUGCCUAUUCUGACAGCAAUUGGACUCAACUUUAUUCUGUUUGUGAAUAUCGUGCGAGUUCUGGCCACCAAGAUCCGAGAGACGAACGCGGGCAGAUACGACACUCGCAAGCAGUACAGGAAGCUGGCAAAGUCCACACUGGUGUUGGUGCUGGUGUUUGGGGUGCAUUACAUUGUGUUUGUGGGGAUGCCACACACUUUUACUGGUCUGGGCUGGGAGCUGCGCAUGUACUGUGAGCUAUUCUUCAACUCUUUUCAGGGAUUUUUCGUGUCCAUCAUUUACUGCUUCUGCAAUGGGGAGGUCCAGACAGAGAUACGGAAGACGUGGCAGCGUUGGACAUUAGCAUUCGACUGGAAGGGCCCAGUUGUGCUGGUUAAUUAUCGCUACAGAUCAGUGUUGACUAGCGUAAACAGCAACAGCAGUGUUCAAUCCCAGGUCCCAGUCCUACUGACUAACCGAGUGUAUCGCUCAUCUAGACGAGCCAGCAGCACUUGCGUCUCACACAGCAUGCGUACACACUCACACCUCACCCUGCCCGGCUACGUCUUUAGCAACUCGGAUGCCGAAAGCCUGCCUCCAUCCAUCCCAGAGGAGAAUGAGGAUGAAGCGAAACAUGUUGAUGACAUCACACUUAGGGAAAGCACAAGAGUUUUUCCAAGAGAUGGUGCCAAAAUCUCAGACGACGUCAUACUGGAAGGGGAGGCCAAGCACAUCGAUGCAUUCAGAGAGGAUCAGGCGUUUGUUGAUGUUGCCUUCAGAGAGAAUGCCAGCUGUGCCGGGGACAUCAUACUGAAGGACUCGGUGAGGUACAGCAGUUUGGAUCAAGAGGAAGAACUGGAGCUGUAGGAGGAAAAGGAAAGGCUGUGUGUUAGUUUGCCUCACAUAUGCAAUGUUAAGGCUUAACUCAUAUUUCAUCUUUCCUUCUGUGAAAACUGUGAGAAAGGUCUCAGCUGGGAUUUUCAUUCCAAGGUAAUGUGAAAUGCAAAAAAAGUGGAAUUUGAUGUAAAGUGCCAUUAGAUGUCGUAAUUUAUUUUCCUGUGGAAGGAUUCGGAUUCAGAAUGAAUUUAGAGACCUUUCCAAGUGAAGAGAAAUUAACGUUCGCCUCAAUAUUUCUGCAUGUGACAUAUGCAAGGACAAUCUGUAAAACAAUCUGUAAAAACCAUACUAUUAAAGCACAACUGAAAUUAUAUAUAUACAGAAAGAGAGAGAGAGAGAGAGAGAGAGAGAUUUUACUGUCAGUUGGGGUGGUUACUGAGUUGAUGCAAACAAAUAUGAAAUGUACAGAAUGUACUUCAUUACAGCAUAGUGAUUCUCAAUAGCUUAAGGUCUUAAAUGUAAAUAAAAUGAUAGACAACAGCAUGAACUUUACGUCCAAAAUCACCGCACUCAGUAUUACUCUAACAGUGAUGUCCAAUUUUGCAUGGAGCCUAAUGAAGCUCAUAAAUUUUGGUCAUUUUUGCCAAAAUGCCUAACAGCCCGGCCUAGUAGAGGAAUUUUCUUUCACUGACUGACUGACUGACUGACUGACCGACUAAGUCCCAUUGUUGAAAUGGUACCAGUGAACGAUACCAGCGACAUACAUUCAUCUGCUGUGUUAGUUCCAAACUAGCUCACCUUUGCACACUUUUGGGAUAGUUGCAGAAAGGGAGGUAGGUUAGCUAAAGUUGUGUCUUUUCAUGUAGGCGUGUGUGCUUUUUCAAGUAUUACCGAAGCUAAAACUUCUGUUAAAUGAAGAGGUGCGAGGACGUACUGUGGCUUGAUUGCGUUUGUAGCUACAUACUGACUGUAUAUUGAUCGUUAUGUUGUUUACUUAAAUGAAUGCGUGUUCUGCUCUUAGCUAGCUAGCUAUCUAAUGUUAGUUACAUUUCAAUGUAGGUAACAUUAGCUAGCAAGCAGUGAAUGAUUCCUGUGUAUCUGCUGAGUGUGUGUUAAUGCAGCAAAUAUAUUAUAUUUAGGGUUAUGAAGGGUUGGGAGGAUGUACUGUAACAAGAUAUGUUGUUUAUUUAAGUGUUCUGCGCUUAGCUAGCUAUGUAACGGUGCCACAGCACCUAUUUUGAAACACAGGGCAUUAUCCAAACCCUCUACAUUACAUCUCAAGAACUUCUAAUAAGGAUAUAUAUUUUAGAUCCUACAUAAAUGACUGCCUCACCAUUAUUUAAAUGCCAUUGACACUGUGUGACGAGUGUUAUCCAGCCAAACGUGGUCGGGCAAAACUAGGCUUAUUUGAUAUACAGAAAACAAAAUAAUGCAUAAAUGCAAACCAAGCACACAUCCACAGAAUCAGUUUUUGCUUUGUUUUUGUACUGCUGCUUUGUUUUCUGUUAAAAUAGAACAAAUGUACUGUUCUGGCAUUUUACACAAAAGCAAAUGCAUGACCUCUGACCAACCUGAGAUUUAUAUAUGGCAAUGUAUUUAUGUAGAUAAUGUGAACUUAGGUUCUGUAUUAUGAUGUGCAUUGUUUAUUAAAAAGUGAUUAAUCUGCAAACAUUGUCAA